AUGGUUGAUAUAGAAACACAAACCACACACACACAGAGAUCGAAUCUUUCAUGGCGACCCUCUGCUAUCAACCCUCCGUCGUCUUCUCCUCCUCUUCCACAACAAUCACUGCCAUUAACACCCAACCAAAACCUCAACAACUCUUCUCUAAGCCAACACUACCUAUAACCCUCACGGCAGUCAUAGCCACCACCUCCAUCUUCACAACCUCCCUGUCCUCUCUCGCAGCACCAGACAGCCCCUACCGGAUCUACUACGGAACCGCCGCCAGCGCCGCUAACUACGGGGGAUACGGCGGAAAUUCCGACAAGAAAGCCUCGGCCGAAUACGUGUACGAUGUGCCGGAGGGAUGGAAGGAGCGGCUGGUGUCGAAAGUGGAGAAAGGAACGAACGGGACGGAUAGCGAGUUCUACAAUCCGAAAAAGAGGACGGAGAAGGAGUACCUGACGUUUUUAGCAGGAUUCAGACAAUUGGCUCCGAAAGACAUGGUGCUGAACAAUUUGGCGCUGUCGGAUGUAGAAUUGCAGGAUCUGAUUGCGGGAGCGGACAGCCUGGUGUCGGAGGAGAAGAAAGACGAGGAAACAGGUCAGGUAUAUUAUGUGUAUGAAAUUGACGGGAUCGGAAAGCAUAGUCUGAUAGCCGUUACCUGUGCGAAGAAUAAGCUAUAUGCGCACUUUGUUAAUGCUCCUGCUCCGGAGUGGAAGAGGGAUGAGGAGACGCUCAGACACAUUCAUCAGUCCUUCAAAACUGUGGGGUAAUUUUGUAAUUUUCUAAUUCAUAUAUAUAUAUAUAUAUAUAUGCGCGAGGAGCUCUGAGAUUAAUUGCGAAUUUUAAAAAAUAAAAUAAAUUUAUUA